GGCUUGUGUUAGCAACUGGAGCGCGCUGGGUGCCUUGGUCCUGUGUGCACUAACAGCAAUUGAAUGUCCGCUAUGUUGCUGCAGCGGGGGUUACGACCGAACUUUCGGGGUCUUUCUCCUCCCUAGCUCAGCAGCGUGUUUUCUGCCAGGGCUCGUGGGUCCCGUGGCUGCGGACGCACCUAGGACCUCAGGCUCCCACCCCGAACCAUGUCCACCGCGGAGGCCUCGGCUACGACGGCCGACGCCGCCGAGGCGGGCGGCAGGACGAAGACCGGCAGUCCCCGCACAAUCCCGGUGUUUGGGGUGGCGAUCCCGGAUGGGGAGAUGCAGGGUAUUUUCAAGCCUAUGGACCUUAAUCGUAUCAUCAAACUCCUUGAAGAGGAGGAUAAGGAUGUCUCAGAAGAAAAACAACUUAAUUAUAUCAAGAAACUGAUACACUGCUAUCAGAAUGGAUUUCCUCUAAGAGAUUUGGCACAGAUUUUUAAAAUUCUGAGUCUGUGUGCUGAAAAAAUUGAAAAGCAGCCCUGUUUUGUAGAACCUGCAUCUGACAUCAUAAAAUUAUGUGGCUUGCCAUUUUUGAAAAAGAAAGUAUCGGAUGAAAUAACUUACACUGAAGAUACUGCUAAUUCAUUUGCACUUCUGGGUGAGUUAAUGAAAAUACCAAGUUCUGCAUUAAGGAUACAAAUUUGUAAAUGUAUUGUUGACUUCUAUCAUGCAGAACCAUUAAAGAAACAUAUUCCAGGCUACCAGCAGGUGAGUUCUUCAUACAAGAUUAAAAUGGUAGAGGUCGGUGGAUUGGCAAAGGCAAUGGUCCAGUCAGCACUCCUGCUUGAGAAUCAGCUUGUCGAGAAACUCUGGGUUCUGAAAGUCCUGCAGCAUCUCUCUACUUCUGGAGUUAAUUGCACUUUAAUGGUGAAAGCCCAAGCAGCCAGCAGAAUCUGUGCUCACCUCAAUGACCCAGAUCCCUCAGGACAGCUUUUAUUUCGUUCAUCAGAAGUACUUUGGAAUUUACUGGAAAAAUCUUCAAAGGAGGAAAUUAUACAACAGCUUAGUAACUUGGAAUGCCUGCUGGCUUUGAAGGAAGUAUUUAAAAACCUCUUUGUGAGGGGGCAUAGUCACUAUGAGCGUCAGCUUAGAAAUGAUAUAUUAGUUAUCACCACCAUUAUAGCUCAGAACCCUGGAGCACCGAUGAUUGAAUGUGGCUUUACCAGGGAUUUGAUACUAUUUGCAACUUUUAAUGAAGUUAAAAGUCAAAACCCUUUGGUAAAAAGUCUUAAGCUUUUUAAUUGCUAUGAAGAUUUUGAGCUGAAGAAAUUGUUAUUCAAUAUAAUUGUGAUCUUAUGUAAAGAUUUAGCUACUGUACAGCUCUUAAUCGAUGGCAAAGUUAUUUUGGCUUUGUUUACCUAUGUGAAAAAGCCUGAGAGACUCAAGAUCAUUGAGUGGUCUGCAGCACAGUAUGAAGAACUACAACUGCAUGCGAUUGCCACCUUGUCCUCCGUGGCUCCUUUGUUGAUAGAAGAGUACAUGUCAUGCCACGGCAAUUCUCGGAUCCUUGCAUUUCUAGAGUGGUGUGGGCAUGAGGAUUCCUACUUCAUUCAUGGUAACAGUUUCCAUGGUACAGGCGGCCGUGGGAACAAGUUCGCUCAGAUGCGGUACACUCUACGGCUCCUCCGAGCCAUGGUUUAUCUGGAAGAUGAGACUGUGAACAAGGACCUUUGUGAAAGAGGGGUUAUUCAUCAACUGAUAGAAAUUUUUAAAACUAUGAUGAGCAGACCUGCUGAGAAGGAAGAGGCCAUUGCCUUAGAAAUCCAGUCUGACACAUUACUUAUUCUGUCAGGUCUUUGUGAAAAUUAUAUCCAAAGGAAGGAAAUGUUUGGUACUGGAGGAGUUGACAUAGUUCUUCAUGUGAUGAAAACAGACCCCAAGAAUUUACAGAGGGGUUUAGGCUACAAUGUCCUUCUUUUCAGUACGUUAGACAGCAUUUGGUGCUGCAUUUUGGGAUGUUAUGAUUCUGAAGAUUAUUUUCUUGAAAAGGAAGGGAUUUUUCUCCUUUUGGAUAUACUGGCAUUGAACCAAAAAAAAUUCUGUAAUCUGAUUCUUGGAAUAAUGGUUGAAUUUUGUGAUAAUCCCAAAACUUCUGCUCAUGUCAAUGCUUGGCGUGGGAAGAAAGACCUGACUGCUGCCAGUCUUUUAAUUAAACUGUGGAGAAAAGAGGAAAAAGAGCUAGGAGUAAAACGUGACAAGAAUGGCAAGAUUGUUGAUACAAAGAGACCUCUAUUUACUAGUUUUCAAGAAGAACAAAAGGCCAUGCCCCUUCCUGCUAACUGCCCAUCUAUUGCAGUUAUGGAUGUUGCUGAAAAUAUCAGAGCAAAAAUUUAUGCUGUGUUGGAUAAACUAGAUUUUGAAAACUUACCAGGCUUAUCUGCUGAAGAUUUUGUCACCCUCUGUAUAAUACAUAGAUACUUUGAUUUUAAAAUUGGAGAAAUAUGGAAUGAAGUAUCUGAAGAAAUAAAGCUGGAGAAGUUAAGACUAGUCACAGCAGAUGAAAGAUCUUUGCACUCCAUUAUAGCAGCAACAGAAAAUAUUGGAAAGAUGGUUGCGUCCUUGCAAAGUGAGAUGAUUGAAAACCAAGCCCUUCAGGAUGUGCAGAAUGAACAAAGAGUGUAUGCAAAGAUCCAAGCUACACAUAAGCAGAGAGAGCAGGCUACCAAGUCAUGGGAAAACUUCUUGGCUAGGACAUCAAAUGCUAAAACAUUAAAGAAAGCAAAGAAGCUUCAAGAAAAGGCUAUAGAAUCCUCCAGAUAUACUGAACGACCACAGAAUGCAACUUUCCACCAAACGGUUAUUAAAGGUCUUAACACAACGGUGCCUUCGGGUCGGGUGGUGACAGUGCAAAGCACACCUACCCGGCUACUGGGAGGACCUCUGGCUGACACAGACAUCGCUCUGAGAAAACUGCCUAUUCGAGGAGGGGCCUUGCAGCGGGUGAAAGUGAAGCCACCACUGAAUGAUCCUAAAAAGAGCAUCCCUACAUGAUGUGUUCCACGGCUCCUGAAAUAAAUUUUACCUGCAACGUCUUUACUAAAUGUAUAUUUAUAUACAAAUGUAAGGCAAAAAUUUAGAAUAAAUAUUUUAGUAAAAUACUAUAAAAUUAAAGUUAGGAUAAUACAUUUUAUUUUUAUUGAAAACACCACUGUCUUUGAAAAAAAUUAUUGAUCCUUAUCUGAAACAGUAAAUUUCUUUAACAAUUAGGAGUUUUGGCUGUACAUCAGUUACUCCAAAUAGUCUACCCUAAGGGACAUUUCUGUGGGCUUUGUAUCUCCUUAUUCAUGUGGGCAUGAAUAAUUUAGACUGUGAGAACUGUUGAGUCAAAAGGCUGAAGCUGAGUUAGGAGGCAUCUCCUUCCAGCAACCCUAGCUUAUAUUUAUCCAUUGGAAAAGUAGAGAUGUAUUUUUCUCAAUAAUUGUGUAGUUCCCUCUAUGUGUUGGAACCCUUGAUUGGCCAUGGCCACAUGUCCACUCUGGAGCACCUUACCUCAGAGUCAUCCAGAUCUGAGUACUCCUUGCUCUUGGAGCCACAAACAGCCCAACAUCAUCUAAAAUAACUAAAUGGAGCCAAGAAUCAAGGUGCUAUCAUCAGAAGGAUAUACGAAUACCAGAAGCAAUAAAUAAGUUGGUGAAUAUAUACUAUUAUUAAGGGCAAGUGCCAGUCACAAGCUAAAAGUAAAAAUCAGAUACACAUAGUUUUACUCUAAAUAUAUAAAUUUUCAAAGUGCAGCUGGAGAGAUGGCUUAGUGUUUAAGAGCACUGGCUGCUCUUCCAGAGGUACCCAAGUUUAAUUCCCAGCACCAACAUGACAGUUCACAACCAUCUAUAACUCCAGUCCCAAAGGAUGUGAUCUCUCUUCUGGUCCCCACAGGCACCAGGCACUCACAUGGUGCACAGACCUAUGUGCAGGCAAAACUCCCAUAGACAUAGAACAGAUAAAUAAAAAUUUAAAUUAAGUAAAUAAAAAUUUGAAGCUAAUUCUAAUGCUAUUUCUCCAAUGACAAAGGGACAAGUAGUGUGUGGGGGAGCAGACAGAAGAAUGCAACAUGUUCAUAUAAACAGCACCAAAUAAUGUCACAUUAAAAUCUCAUAACACCCAGAAUCCUUUGCUGUGCCCAUAGCUAAGAGCAAUGAGUCUUUAUAGCUCUUAGAGACUAUGAACUUUGUCAGACUCUUGGUUCCCUGAAGGCAAGGGAGAGUACAUGUCUAAUUCAUGAUUAUGACCAGCACCUCAGUAAUGAAGUUAGUGAUGAAGGAUUUGUCUCUGGCAGCCUUUCCUUUGACAUCUUCAAAUACAGCAAUGCAGUGACCUCAAAGGGAAGAAUCAGUCCACAAGUGAUGCUAAGCAAGGACAGCAUGUUAAAGUGGUUCAAAUGAAUGUACUUCAAAGUAGUUAUGGGCUUUUCUCAGGCUAUAAGGCAUAACCUGUACUAUGGUAUAAAUAUAAACGUUACAGAAAAUCCAUAUGAUUAGGUUGAGUAUCAGUCUUACACAUAGGCCCAGUGUCCUGUCUCCAGAUUGAUUUAGACUGACCCCCAUCAGUGUCAUCUGAUGUCUACAUAUUAUUCUAUCCAGUAGGAAGAGAGAACACAAAAUAAGACAGGUCAUUUUCUCACAGAUAUUUACACCAUGAAGAAGUAUACGCUGCUUACUGCAGAAACUAUACACAUGGUAGACAGAUCUCUAACACGUUUCUCAAGCACAGCUCCAGCCAUCACACAGUGAGCCAGGAAGUUCACGACUGAUAGCCUCACAAACUGCACUGCUUUUCUUUCUAUUUCCUAUAACUGCUUCUCUUGAAUCCAAGUGGAUAUGAUGUCAAGGUUGCCCUGCCUGAGCAACGGACAGUCUACUCUUCUGUGAGUUACCAGAGACAAAUUUUUAAAGUUUUAAGACUGAAGUAUGUACUAAUCAAAUAAAACUUGUAUUUUGAAAUCAGAA